AUGGACAAUGCUGGGACUUCCGGAAUACCGUCGAAAGACAAACAACAUUUUCGGUAUAAGCCAGAAUGGAUUGAUGAUUUUGACGUAGAUGGAAAUAAUAUAAAAGAAAAAAUGUUUGAAUCUGAGGAGGAAGCUGGGGAUUUUUAUAACUUUUAUGCCAAAUGUACGGGAUUUUCAAUCAGAAAGGAUGAUGUACGACGCAACAAAAGCUCGGGUAUGAUUGACAUGCGUAAAUGGGUUUGUUCUAAGGAAGGGUUCCGUGAUAAAAAGUGGUUAGAAAAGGAAGAUAAAACAAGAGAACCCAGGCCCAUGACUAGAGUUGGUUGCCCAGCAUUAUUUCGUGUCAAGUACAACAAGAGGCUAAAGAAGUUUGUUGUCACUGAAUUUGUAAAGAAACACAACCACGAACUCAUGACUGAGGAGGGCGUAUCGUUUUUGUUCUCCCAUCGAUCGGUGAAAGAGUCUGAUCUGGUAGAAGCGAUUUCCAUGCAUGAAGUCGGUUGGCGUACGAGUGAGAUAAUGAAUUUUUUUGCACAUCGAGCGGGUGGAUACCACAAAGUUGGCUUUACCUUGAAAGAUUUGUAUAACUGUAUCUACGCCAAACGAAAAGCAGAAAUACGAGACGGGGAUGCGGAAAGUGCUUUGGCCUAUUUCAGUGCAAAAAAAGAUUCGGAUCCAUCAUUUUUCUUCAAGUUUGAUGUCGACGAAAGCAAUCGAUUACGUCGUUUGAUAUGGGCUGAAUCUAGCAAAGAAGAAUUUGAAAGGAGCUGGAAGGAUUGUAUCCAAAAGCAACAAGUUGAAAAUAACUCAUGGGUAAACGAGACGUAUUUAAAACGUUCAAAGUGGGCAGAAGCAUACUUAAGGGGACAUUUUUUCGGAAAUAUGAAAUGCACUCAGCGGUGUGAAGUGAUGAAGGCCGAACAUAUAAAAGAGAUUCCUUCAACUUGUGUAAUGAAGAGGUGGACUCGGGAUGCUAAGGAAAACGAGCUCAACAAAAAAGAACCAGAAAUUCGUAAAGAUGUCACUCAAAAUGCACGCUAUGGUUCUUUGAUUUCCCUUUGUAACAAGAUGUGUUACUAUGCCUCAAUGUGCGAUGAAGGAUAUGGCGAAUUAUGUGACACAAUCGCUCGGGUGACAAAUAGAAUGCAUGAAAUUUAUGCCAACUCCUGUCCUUCUGAAAAUGAAACCGAUGCUUCAAAGAAAAAUGAAAAGCAUCAGUUUGGUGUGCGUGAUCCAAUAAUUACAAAAACUAAAGGAUCAAGUGGUUUACAUUCCAAACAAAGACCAAGAAGGUGCAGAAAAUGCAGGCUUCCUGGACACAAUAAAACAACAUGCCCCAAGAUGAAAUCCCGAGAAGAUGACAAAGAUUCAUUGGAUUUCGACACUUCAGGCGAGGACAAUAGCCAAGAUCAAUCUUCUUUUCAUGCCAGUUUAAGGAGGGGAUAUCACAGUUGGGAAUAUGCAAACUCUAGCCAUGUGAAUGAACAACCAAAUGCUUUUCCUACAUCUAAUCAAUAUUCUGGAAAUGACUUAAGCUUCCAGGAUUUGUUGUUUUCGUUUGAUCCAAGUAGUGUGGAGGCUCAGUUUGGCACUUCCAGUCAGACAAGCAUCAGAAUGGAGAGUCAGACAAGCAUCAGAAUGGAGAGAAGGGUGACUUUUUGGGACCCCGAAUCAGCUCGAAGAGCGUGCACAGAUCCGACUCCCAUUAUUGAUGGGAGGCGUGCAAAUUGUAAUUUGGCAUCACUUGGGAGACCUCUUCCAGCGAUUCCUUUCGGGCGCCUUAGAUAUCCGACACCUUACCUUGGAGGCGUACCGGCAGCUAGGGGUGCUUAUCCUGGAAGUUAUGGCUUCCAGCAACCAGUUGCAUAUGGAUUUCAACAAGGCAUGAUGUAUUCUCCUUAUGGGUGA